AUGGCAGAGACCAGCAUCGUUAUUCAGAGGAAGACCCUCAACACAUCGCCAGACGCGCGCCUAAACUCGUACGAUCACCAUUCUCGUGCACCAUGGCUUGAAGGCACUGGCUACCUCACACCUCUUUACCUCUAUCACCGCGAGCAAGCACUACUGCCAUUUCAUGUGGCACACUGGAUGACCUCAGGAGUGGAGCCACGCAUGCUGGCUCAGCCAUCGUGGAUCAUCGACGUGAGUCGAGAUCAGAUCGAAGGCCUGCUCACCUUGGCCGCCAAGAUCGAUUACAAUCGAGACAAACAUGGCGAAAUCUGGGCUGAGCUCAGCGAUAUUGUACAAAGCUUCCCAUACCUACCGUGGAGCACGACCGGUCAUUUCGUGCGGAUGUCCUCUUGCAGUUUCAAGGACUUGGACCACAGAUUUCUGAAAGCAACUUACGGCAUAAGAGGCGCAAUGCUCAAGCUAGUACACUCGAAGGCCACGGAACAUUCUCUGCUGAACCUGCUCGAUCGCGAGGACUUCGUAUUGGACAAUAAGCUCAAUGUCUUCCCUUUCAUUCCAAACUCGAUCCGCUGA